AUGCCGAAUCGAGACCACUUAGCGUCUCCGGCGGACUCUCAAGUCACCAUGACAGACCCGCAGAUCUUUAACCCGGAUCCCAAGGCCGACGGAGGCCAGAACAAGACGGGUUACUCGUCGGACGGGCAUGGUUCUACUACACAGCCUGCUGGUGACCUGGAGAAGGCUGCGAAGCCGUCGUUCCCCGGCGGCGACGCGCCAGACGGCGGCAUAGUCGCUUGGCUUGUCGUUCUUGGCGCUUGGUGUACUUCGUUCUGUAGUUUUGGUUGGGUUAAUAGUAUCGGAGCGUUCCAGGAGUAUUACCAGAAUGAACUCUUGAGCAACUACUCGCCCAGCACCAUUUCUUGGAUUCCUUCGCUCCAAAUUUUCUUCAUGAUGGCUAUGGGCCCCAUCAUCGGUCAGAUUUACGACCACUACGGCCCCCGGUGGCUCAUCCGCGUCGGCAGCAUCCUUCACGUCUUCGGCCUGAUGAUGACUUCCCUUUCGACGCAGUACUACCAGAUCCUCCUCGCCCAAGGAAUCUGCUCCGCAAUCGGUGUCUCCGCCAUUUUACAGCCGUCAAUGAACGUCAUCCACGGCUGGUUCAACGUCAAGCGCGGUGCGGCCUUUGGACUCCUUUCUACCGGCUCCAGUAUCGGCGGUAUCAUAUUCCCGAUCAUGGUCACUAGGCUCAUCAAGCGGGUUGGGUUUCCUUGGGCCAUGAGGACUUGCGCUUUCAUGAUCCUCGGCUUGCUGAUUGUGGCAAACCUGACCGUGAAGGCGAACCACCCGCCUCGCCCGCAAAAGUUCACCCGCGAGCAGCUCCUUCGCCCUUUCAAGGAGUUUGAGUUUGUCUGCCUGGUUAUCGGGUUCUUCCUCUUCACUUACGGAAUCUUUGUCCCGAUCAACUAUAUCCAGGUUCAAGCCCUCGAGAUGGGCAUGAACCCCAACCUGGCACAGUAUCUCGUUGCCAUACUUAACGCUGGCAGUCUCUUCGGGCGCAUUUUCUCCGGUAUAAUGGGCGACAGGAUUGGCAAGUACAACAUCUUUGUGGUCGUCUGCUACUUGACGACCGUUUGGAUGCUUGCGCUCUGGAUUCCGGCCAAGACGGACGGCGCGUUGAUUGCGUUUGCCGUCCUGUUCGGAUUCUGCUCCGGCGCGUAUGUGUCGCUGGUUGCGCCGCUGGUCGCCGCCAUCUCGCCGUUCCAGGAGAUUGGGUUCCGCACCGGAAUCACGUUCCUCACUAACUCGAUUGGAGGAUUGACGACAAACCCUAUCAACGGCGCGAUCCUUUCCGGCCCGAGCGGGUGGGUUGGAAUCAAGGUCUUCUCGGGCGUGUUUUGCUUCGCGGGGACAACGUUCAUCUUGCUCGCAAGGAUGCACCGCACUGGAUGGAAGGUCUUUGUUGCAUUUUAA